UUCAGGAAGUUGUCUCUGGGAAAGGCUGUGUUGUCUUCCUGACAACCGACAGUCAACUCCAGCUGACAAAGUCUGCCAUGUUCAUUUCCAGCUAAUAUUAUUACCCAAGAAAUAGUUAUUGUCUGUUCAGAAACGGGAACGAUGGAGGUCGACUCAGUCUUCUACACUGACAAUAGUGGAAGGGUCAACAGUAACCCACUGCUGGACCAGCUCCCCAGCUACCAGUCCCUGCUGUACCGUAGGAAGUCGUCGGCUGCUGGCACCAAACGUAGGAGCAGCUCCAGAGGGAGACUUGGCUCUUCAGGCAGUGGGAAAUGGGGCAUUAACACAUUCAGAAGACAUAAGGAGAAACAGAAGAGCCUGAUGGAGCAGAGACCCGUCAGGGAACUGGCCAAGACCAUGGCGGAUAAACGCAGAGAGAAAACGCAGCGCUUGGAGGAUGAUCGAGAGCUCAGCAGAGUGACGCAGUUGAAGCACAACACCAGCAGGUAUCUGAGGAGGCUGAAGGAUGAUGCCCAAGAAUGGGUGAACUCCCUGAAGCUCUGGAGAGGAGACAUCCACCUGAUAGAGGGAACGUUCGGCACAGGGAUCCUGUCUUACUUCUCCUUCCUACGCUACCUGGUCAUGCUCAACUUGAUCAUCUUCCUGCUCAUGUUCAGCUUCGUCAUGCUACCCCUCAUCAUAGCCCCCAGCGUUUCAGGGAACAUCACCUACAACCAGAACGAGGGAGGUGUGUGCAGUUUUUAUCCAAGCAGCGCCCGGCGAGGUCUGGUGAUCUUUCAUGAGCACAUUACAGAUCUGCUGUCCGGUGGAGGCUUCCUGGAACAGACCUAUCUUUUCUACGGCUACUACAAGGCGGACAAAAUACACUUUCCAAAGGCUACUUAUAAUCUGCCGCUGGCGUACCUGCUGGUCACCAUCGCCUACCUGUUCCUCAGUCUCAUAUGGAUUGUUAAAAGGUCUGCCACAGGAUUCAAACGUAACCUGAUUCAGGAUGAGGAUCGCUUUCAGAGUUUCUGCAACAAGAUUUUUGCAGGCUGGGACUUCUGCAUCACGAACGAGAAUGCCGUGAAGCUGAAGAGAAGCAGUUUGCUCUAUGAGCUCAGGACGGAUUUGGAGGAGGAAAGGAUCAAACAGAAAAUAGCAGAUCGCACUCGCAAAGAGAAGUGUCGGAUUUACGUCGUCCGCCUCAUUCUCAACCUUUUUGUCAUCUCCGUACUGGCUGGUUGCUUCUACAGCAUUUAUGUGGCCACCAUCUUCUCCCAGAAAGUACAGAUGGAUAAGAUAAAGGAGAAUUUCAUUGUGGAUCUCAUCUAUGAGUAUCUGCCCUCAAUUGUUAUCACUAUGGCCAACUUCAUCACCCCCCUCCUCUUCUCUGUCAUCAUCAAUUUUGAGGACUACUCACCUGCCUUUGAGAUCCGCUUCACUCUCAUGAGGUGUGUCUUCAUGAGGUUGACCAGUAUCGGGGUCUUGCUCUUUUCUCUCUGGUAUCAGAUCACUAAAUGUGAAACAGACCCCUGCAUCUGUGGUUACAACCAUAAGCUUUACUCUUGCUGGGAGACCCGUGUGGGCCAGGAAAUGUACAAACUCACCAUCUUUGACUUCAUCAUCAUUUUCGCAGUCACCAUUUUUGUGGAGUUUCCCAGAAAGCUCAUAGUGAAGCACUGUGACUGUGGCCUGGCUAAGUGGUGGGGCCAGCAGGAGUUUGCUAUUCCUCAGAAUGUGCUCGAGAUUGUCUAUGGUCAGACCAUCUGCUGGAUCGGCACCUUCUACAGCCCGAUGCUGCCUGCCAUCUGCACUAUUAAAUACUUCUUUAUCUUCUAUAUCAAAAAGGUGUCAUUGAUGAACAAUUGUCGUCCAGCCACACGUCCGUUCCGAGCUUCCAGCUCCAACUUCUUCUUCCUGGUUGUGCUGCUGAUCGGCCUGGCUCUGGCCUGUGUGCCUGUCAUCUUCAGUGUGGCACAAAUAAACUCUUCCCAAGCCUGUGGACCAUUCGUUAAUUACAACACCUCCUGGGCGGUGCUGCCAACUACAGUAUCCACGUUACCUCAUGGAAUCAGAACACUCCUCUUCGCCCUCUCGUCAGAGGCCUUCGCCGUCUCCUUCUUUGUUAUCACAUGUUUGGCCAUGUUUUAUGUGAUCGCACUUGCUGGAGCUCACAAGAGAGUCAUCAACCAGCUAAGAGAGCAGCUAGCCAUGGAGGGCCGAGACAAGCGUUUCCUCAUCCAAAAGCUGUGCCAGGCCCAGAGGCUCUCCUCUAUCAAAUCCCCAGGCUCCAAACCUCAGCCCCGCAGCAGCAGCAGAAGCAGCCCCAGCUACCACACCAGCUUCUCCAAUAACUUCAAUGAAAGUGUGUUCCUGGCACACUCACCUCCCGACUCCUCCACUCAUCAGCUCAGCUGGUACGGAACCGGAGGCAGCGUGCUGUUGCUCGGCUCAUCGAGAGAUCAGUCAGACAAAAUGUUGAGAAUUACGAUACGGGCAGACGUGGGAGCCCUUUGGGUGUUAUUCUGUAUCACGUAUUCGCAGUUUCUAACCGUGUCCUCUGAUGAUAUAGUGGUGGCCUGCGGGGGAUUCGUGAAAUCCGACGUUGAGAUCAAUUACUCCCUGAUCGAGAUUAAACUGUACACCAAACAAGGGUCCUUGAAAUAUCAAACGGAUUGUGCUCCAAUCAAUGGCUACUUUAUGAUCCCUCUCUAUGACAAGGGGGACUUUGUUUUGAAGAUUGAGCCUCCUCUUGGGUGGAGCUUUGAGCCGACCAGUGUUGACCUCCAUGUGGAUGGCGUGAGUGACAUCUGUACAAAAGAAGAAGACAUCAACUUUGUCUUCACUGGCUUCUCCGUCUCAGGAGCAGUUCUGAGUAAAGACCAUCUCCUUGGUCCGGCUGGAGUAGAAGUCAAACUCACCCGAGCUGGAACGGAGGAGAAACUCCAGAGUGUGGUCACACAGCCUGGAGGAAAGUAUACCUUUUUAAAAGUACUCCCUGGAAAUUAUGACAUCACAGCUGCCCAUCCCUCCUGGACUCUGGAGCAGAGCGCUACCUCGGUACUCGUCACCAAUGCCAAUGCCCCGGCUGCCGACCAUCUGGUAGUUGGAGGCUACGAUGUCUCGGGGGAGGUUCGCAGUGAUGGAGAGCCCAUGAAAGAGGUCACCUUCCUACUGUACUCAGCCACAGUCAAGAAAGAGGAUGUUAGUGGCUGUAACACAUCCCCAGUGGAGGGGGCAGAUUCUGGGGACAGCUCCCUGGUCUACCUGUGCAGCGCUCUAUCCAGGGAAGACGGGACCUUCGUCUUCCCCUCACUGGCCAGCGGCGAGUACACCGUGGUGCCUUUCUACAGGGGAGAGAGAAUCACGUUUGAUGUCGCUCCUUCCAGGAUGAAUUUUAAGGUGGAACACAACAGUUUAAAACUAGAGCCCAUCUUCCGUGUCAUGGGCUUCUCCGUGACAGGCCGAGUUCUCAACAGCGUAGGUGGGGAGGGCGUUCCUGACGCCACAGUGAUCCUGAACAACCAGAUCAAAGUCGUCAGCAAGGAGGACGGUUCUUUCCGGUUGGAGAACAUGACGGCGGGUACCUACACCAUCCGUGUCAGCAAGGAUCUCAUGUUCUUUGAGCCAAUCACAGUGAAGAUCGCCCCCAACACACCCCAACUUCCUGACAUCAUCACAGCAGGGUUCAGUGUGUGUGGCCAGAUUUCCAUCAGCCGCUUGCCUGAGGGCAUGAAGCAGCAGGGCCGUUACAAGGUCACUCUGACACACCGGGGCCAAGACAAGGCCUCCAGCAGGACCAUCGACUCUGAUCCUCAGGGGGCGUUCUGCUUUCAGGCCAAACCUGGAGACUACAGUGUCCAUGUAUCUCUCCCCGAGGUGGAGGUGAAAGCAGGCCUUGCUCUGCAGCCUCAGGCCCUGGAGGUCUCCCUCGUGGACCGGCCCCUCACCGACCUACUUUUUACCCAGUUCAUGGCUUCUGUCUCUGGAAAAGUCUACUGUUUAGCGUCCUGUGAUGACCUGUCGGUAACACUUCAACCAGUGAGUCGGCAGGGAGAGAGACGGACGGUGGCUCUGUCUGGCAGCAGCGACAUCCUCAGCUUCUCCUUUGAAGACGUUUUACCUGGGAAAUACAAAGUCAGUAUUACUCAUGAGGAAUGGUGCUGGAAGCAUAAGUCCAUGGAAGUGGAGGUUCUGGACUCUGAUGUCGUCGGGGUGGAGUUCAGACAGAUUGGCUACAUCCUGCGCUGCUCCCUCUCCCAUGCCAUUACUUUGGAGUUCUUCCAAGAUGGCAGCAAACCUGAGAAUGUCGGCGUGUACAACCUCUCUAAGGGAGUCAACCGCUUCUGCCUCUCCAAGCCAGGUGUUUACAAAGUCACCCCUCGCUCCUGCCACCAGUUUGAGCAGGACUUCUACACCUACGAUACCUCAGCCCCCAGUAUCCUCACCCUCACCGCAGUGCGGCAUCACAUGACUGGGCUCAUCACCACCGACAAGAUCCUAGAUGUCACCGUGACUAUCAAGUCAUCUAUUGAGAGCGAGCCGGCGCUGGUGCUGGGUCCCCUGCGAAGUCUGGAGGAACAGAGGCAGGAGCAGCAGCUCCAGGAGAUUCAACUGCGCCGUCAGGAACGAGAGCGCCGCGCCGCUGAAGAGGAUGGAGGCGCCAGGGACGACAGCCCGCCUAUCCAGGAGAAGGCUGAUGAACUGACGGGUCCUUUCCACUAUGAGUUCUCCUACUGGGCCAGGGCUGGAGAGAAGAUCACAGUGACACCCUCAUCCAAAGAACUGCUGUUCUACCCUCCUGAGGUCGAGGCCACCAUCACUGGAGAGUCGUGUCCAGGUCGUCUGGUGGACAUCACAGGGCGCGCAGGUCUCUUCCUGGAGGGCAAGGUGUCGCCAGAGCUACAGGGUGUGGAGAUCUCUAUCACUGAAAGAGGAGCUGCUGCGCCGUUCAUCACUGUGGUCACCAAUGAGAUGGGAACAUACAGUGUGGGCCCGCUCCACAGCGACCGGCAGUACGACAUCAGCGCCAGUAAAGAAGGUUUCGUCCUGAGUCCCGUCGAGGGAACCCAGGGAGAUUUCAAGGCGUUCGCUCUGGCUGGUGUGACCUUCAAGAUCAGAUCGGAGGAUGGUCUUCCCCUGUCAGGUGUCCUCCUGUCCCUGAGUGGAGGACAGUUUCGCUCCAACCUGUUGACACAGGACACCGGCCUGCUCACCUUUAAUAACCUGAGUCCUGGUCAGUAUUACUUCAAGCCCAUGAUGAAGGAGUUCCGCUUUGAGCCGGCAUCUCAGAUGAUCACAGUGGAGGAGGGUCAGAACCUCAGUAUCGAUAUAACUGGCAUUAAGACUGCUUACAGCUGCUACGGAGCAGUGCAGUCUCUGAGUGGAGACGCAGAGAGGGAUGUGGCUGUGGAGGCAGUGGGACAGGGAGAGUGUAGCCUCUACAGCGAGGACACCGUCACUGAUGAAGAGGGUCGCUUCAGACUCAGGGGUCUGCUGCCUGGUUGCAAAUAUCUAAUUCAGCUGCGAGCUGAAGGCAACGACCACAUAGAGAGGGCCUUACCACAACACAGAGCCAUAGAGGUCGGCAGUAGUGACAUUGAAGGGGUCAACAUCAUCGCCUUCAGGCAAAUCAAUCAGUUUGACCUCAGUGGAAACGUCCAGACGUCCCCUGAACAUCUCGCAACGCUAUCGGUGAAGCUUUACAAGAGCGACAAUCUGGACAACCCAAUCAACAGCGUCUCUCUGGGACAGUCCCUCUUCUUCCACUUCCCUCCUCUGGACAGAGAUGGAGAGAGUUACGUGCUGAUGCUGUACUCCACGCUGUCCCGCUCCCAGUAUGACUUCACUCUGCCUCAGGUCUCCUUCACCUCCAGCGGCUACCACAAGCACGUCACACUCACCUUCAACCCCACUCGUAAAGUGCCUGACCAGGAUGUUGCCCAGGGCUCCUACAUAGCUCUGCCCCUCACGCUGCUGCUCCUGUUAGCAGCGUACAACCAUGAGAAGGUAAUCCCCCUCCUCUUACAAGUGGUGAAUCGUAUCCAGGGAGUGAGGAGCAUGGCCCAGGUCAGCAGUGACAGCGCCGCUCUGGAUGAAGCCAAACGUCAGGCCAAGAGACAGAAAGCCAGGCGCACAUGAGGACCUGCAAUCACGGCUCACCUCAGACCACAUCUUCGCACACUAAUUGGUACACCUGCACACAUGGUAACAGCCUCAGAGAGCACUGCGGGUUAGCUCAUAGGACGCAGGUUCACUAGAUAAACCUCUUAACGUUUGGAGUGGCUAAUCGUGGGUGCAAGUGAACUGUUUAGCUCGCUAGGAUGUGAUUUGGCCCCUGAGUGAAGCCCAACAUUAACCACUCGAUAUGCAUUACCACCACCUCAUCAGCCACUCGGAUUCACUGGACUGAUCGCUGACAUUUUACAGGUUGUUUUCUUCUGUUGCUUUUUUUUUUUAAACUCCUUUUUUUCCAGAACACUUGUGUCUAAAAAAAAAAAAUGUUAAUAUUUGUGAUAGAAUAUGAGCCAUUUUUAUACAUUUGUAAUUUAUCUAGGUCAACUAAAAUCUUUUGCUUGUGUUUUGGAAGCACUUGAAUGCUUUUGAUAUCAGUCCUGACAUAGUUUGGGACGAUCAGGCAGCGUGGAUGAUCAUGUGACUCAGAUUCCAGCAUUUGGGUCAUUUCAGCGAAUACACAAAGGAGAUUGUCAUCAAAGUGUGGCUGGAAUUAUAUAAAAUGUAUUCAUAACUACCUAUAUUAACUUAAAGGGACAGUUCACCACCAAAUCAAAAAUAUACAUUUUUCUUGUGGUGCUCAAAGCGCCAAAAAGAAUAGAUUUAAAAAAAAAACAAAAAAAACUCAACAGCAACGUCUCUUUUCAGAAUCAUGACCUGGGUACUCAGGAUAGUCCACAGACCUUGUUGCGAGCAGUUUCAUGUAGGAACUUUAUUCUUUAUACCAAAGUAACCGGAUCACAGCACAGAAGGAAGAGUGCAUCUACUCAUGAACAAGAGGCUCGUGCUCGUGACAGCGCAGGAUGUAAACAUUAAUGGCUUCCUCCUUGGCUGAGCUGUGAUGUUAGCUAGCUCAGUGUCGCUAGCAGUAUGUGCAAACUUCCUUCUGCACCGUGAUUUGGUUGGCAAGAAUAGUGCGGUAGAAAAAUAGGAAGGAAGGAAGAAUGUAUAUUUUUUUAUUUGGGGUCGAAUUGUCCCUUUAAGGAAAUUUAAAAUGUAAUGGUUCCAUUGAUUUCUAUGGAUCAAAUAAGGGUCAAUAACAUUUAAAGCUUGUGAAACGAUAAUCAGAAAUAUUUUCAAAGCUUGUUUUGUACAUCACCCUUGAGGAAAAACUCUGCAUGAGGAGUUUCUGAAUGUGAAGAAAAGAUCUGUGUUUGUAGAAAGGCACCGUCAUCAAGGCCACUGCACAUCUCACAAUGUUAAUGAAAGGGAAAAAUAAUUUGUGUACCCACCCCAUGAUUCGGAUCCGCUCCAACAUUUAAUGGAUUCUUACUUGGCCCAUGCUCCAUCCUUCCCCCAAGUUUCAUGAAAAUUGGCCUGGUAGUUUUUCUGUAAUCCUGCCGACAAACAGACAAACAAACUCUCCUUGGUAGCAAGGUUAUUACAGUUAAUUAAAAACAAACUAAAAAGUAAAACUCUUUAUAAACUUUAUAAAAUAAUAAAAAUAUACAGGAAAUUUGGUCAAAUCUGUUAACACAACAAGUGUGAGGAGGUACUAGUGCAUCUGUUUAUUCAGACUGAGGUGUCUACAUGACUCUGAGUCAGUUGCCCUCACAGGGUGUUGUGUUCGUAUUUUAAUAUCCAUGUCCGAACUUUAAUUUUGCCCCUGAAAAAUACCCCAAUAUUACAUUUUAAAAAAAGUAGAACUAAUACUGAAACUAAUAAACACUAAACUGAAACGAGCAAACCCACUCUGGAAACUGAAACUAAACGGAAUUAAAAACAAAACAAAAAAAUAAAAACUAUAACAACACAUUUUUCAGCAUGAGGGUGAUGAACAAGCUCUAUAUCUUUUUGACACUUACUUGACUCCGUACCUUUAAUACCAAACUGCUUCAGCCCCGAGCUGAAUUGACUUCUAUAAUGCCAUCACAAACGUGGGAUGUGUAACUAUGAUUGAAAGACAGCCAAAGACUUUGACAAGCUAACAAACGCUGUAUACAGUUGUCAGUCAUGUCACACCACUCAAAUAUAAAAACACCCACCGGUUACUGUAAUGCACUCCACUUCUGAUGGUAUUUUAUAAGCUCUUAAGUGUGAUGCAAGAUUGACUUUAUGUCAGUUUCAGCUCAGGAAAGUGGUGGUCGAUAGGAUGUUGGAGAUUUGGGGUUUGAAUACUGUGUGAGAAGAUUUUUUUUUUUGGUUGACCAGGGCGGGCGGGCUGGGGAGCUAUAACUGAUAAUUUAUUAACAAAUGUCUAAUCAGAUGUGAAUGAUAACCCAGUGUGUAUGCUGGGGAAUGUCUUUCAGAAGUGUGUGUGUUUUGAAAGAUGUUCUGUCAGAUGAAGUGUGCGACAAGUUAAUUCAAAGAGCAACAUUAAAUUUAGGAAGAAUGACAUCCACAGAAGGGAGAAUGAAUGAGGAUAAUCUAACAGAGGGUGUGUCACGACCUUGAGUCAAACUUAAAAUGAUAAGACAGAAUUGUAAUUUCAUGAACUCUUUGUCUUAUUGAGCUGUGCACCCCAAUUAUUUUUUCUGUGUUUAAUUCAUCUGCCCUCGGUUGUGGCUGAAAGAUGUAAAGGCCACUGACUAUUUACUGAGUUGAAAGAUAUUCCAAUUAGUCCACAUUAAGGGGGAGUUGAUUAGAUUUGGUUGGGGUGGGAGAGGGAGAGGGAGGGGGGGCGGGGGAGGUGGGGUUUAAUUGUCAUUUGGUCAGAAUCUGUUCAAUUUUAUUUUAUUUUUUUUUUGAGAUGAUGAAUAAAGUUUGACUGGAAGGAAAUUAA